AUUUUAGAGAAGCUUGGGGACGACUUGGAAUGUUAAAAAAAAAUUGGAUAUUAGCUCCAAUUAUGUUACUUACAGCAACAUGUACACGAUUAGAAGUAGAUGAAAUUUGUACAAAUUUGUCUAUUGAAAAUAAUAGUUUUGCAUUAAUCCGUGGUUCUACAAGUCAUCGAUCUGAAAUAGUUUUUAAUGUGCGGGAGAGAAAAGAAAUACGAGAUCAGUAUAUUACUGAAAUCAUAAGUAUAAUAAAUGAUAAUUUACAUGGACGCAUAAUAAUGUAUUGUGCAACACAUUCUAGCUGUGAAUAUUUAUAUAAUAAACUACAAGAAAAUUUGAAUAACAUAUCAAUAGAUUACUUUCAUGGUGGUUUACGUGAUAAUGAGAGAGAGACAGCAAUGAAUAAUUGGAAAUCUAACUCUACACAAAUAAUGAUUGCAACAUCUGCAUUUGGAAUGGGAGUAAAUUCAAAUAAUGUACGGGUGUAAUUCAUGUGGAAGCACCAAUGAGUAUGACUAAUCUUAUUCAGGAAGCAGGACGUGCAGGACGUGAUGGAAAUACGGCAAUACAUUUUAUUUUUUACAAUAAAAAGGAUAUUCGUACAAAUUAUUCUAUAAUAGCA